GGACUGCAUUUCCUAUGGUGCGCUGCGACCCCUCCGACGCGGAGCCUUUUGGGAAAUGAAGUCUUUUUUUCAAAGAGCUUGCCGCUCAGCUGGGUCGAGGCCCUAGCAUCUUGACGGAUUCCAGGCGUCGGAAGGGACCAGAACCUAAUGUGGAGCCCAAGUUUGAGGGUGUGACCUGCCUGGUGCGGAGCCAGGCUCCCAGGAGCUCAGUGGAAUGUGCCCUACAAACUCUCGCAGUCUUCGAGCGUCUCGUCAGGGGCCACAGCCGACCUAGGGUGGGCCCGAGGUGCUCCUGACCCUAGCAGAUGAAACUCAGGACGGCGCCGAGCCGGAACGUGGGGGCCCCGGGAGGCCUGGCCGCCGUACUAGGAGACACCCUGAGGAACGCGGGUUGAGGAGGGGGCUAGAGUUCAAAGGUCAGAGGUCACCGCAGCGAGGCGCGGCGAGGGGAUGAAAGUCAGAGGGUGUUGAGACUCCAGGACUGAAUACUCGGGACAGAUCGGUGGGUGGGCGAGUUGCAGAGAGGAAAAGCGGAGCGGGGGCGCGGAGGGAGGCUUAGGAACGAAGGAGAAGGAAUUCCCUGGAUAGUCAUUCCCUGGGUUGGAGCGACACUGCCUGUCACUUAACCGGGCGACCUCUUUCGCGACCCCAGCUGUCCGGGUGAGGAGAUGGCUUCUCCCUCUAGACAGCCCCCCUUGGGAGGCUCUGGGCUGCUGCAGGGCAGCCGGGCUCGUUCCUACGGAAGCCUGGUGCAGUCCGCCUGCUCCCCGGUGAGAGAGCGGCGCCUGGAGCACCGGCUGGAACCCGGAGACACCCUGGCCGGGCUGGCCCUCAGAUACGGAGUGACGAUGGAACAGAUCAAGCGUGCAAACCGCCUUUAUACUAAUGACUCCAUCUUUCUGAAGAAAACUCUCUACAUCCCCAUCCUGAGAGAGCCCAGAGACCUGUUCAAUGGUUUGGAUUCAGAGGAAGAGAAAGAUGGAGAGGAAGAGGUAGACCCACGUAAGGAUGAAGUUCAGCUACACUCAGCUGAGAGGAAGAAACAAGAGACAGGUUCAGGCCGUGCCAAUGGUGAAGCUCUCCCUAAAGCUGGCCAGGAACCCCCUACUCCCCUCCAUGACCUCUCUGCCUCUGAUUUCCUUAAGAAGCUUGAUUCACAGAUCAGCCUGUCAAAGAAGGCUGCUGCCCAAAAGCUGAGAACAGGGGAAAGCAGGAUACUUGGGGAAGAUGCAGGUCUCCAUCAGAGCUCCCCUCGGAUGCAGCAACGAGCAGUCCUAGGUCCUGUGCCACUGACCCGGACCUCUCGGACCCAGACACUGCGGGACCAGGAGGAUGAAAUCUUCAAACUCUGAUGUUCCCAGAACUGAGAGAAGCAGUAUGUUGAAGAAGCAGUGUGAGGGGGAGAGGAGCCUGAGGUGAGGCUCAAGGACAUGGCUUCCCAGCCUGACUCCCUCGACUCCUGCUGUCUUCUCCAGCCUCCCCGUAGACCAAGAAUUCCUUGGCCUGGGCAUUUUUCUGGCAGGAGUUCGAGAUGGGGCCUAGACCCCUCCCUAGUUCUUGGGCUGAAUCUAGAGUUUUCCUUUAGAUUCAAAAGGUUCUUUUUAUACCCUUGCUACCUUUCCUAUCCCUUUCACCAUUCUCUGGCCUUAGAGCAGAGAAGCAAAGACUCCCUUUCAACUUCUUCCCUAUCUCCACCUGUGUUACCUAAUUUAUUUGGUGCUAUAUUGAAGUAAUAUUUAUUUGCUGUAUCUAACUCUUUCCCACUGUUAGCUGAAAAUGUGAUUUCUAGAGCCCUGGAAUGAGGGGAACCCAGACACAAUUAAGUGGUCCGUCAGCUUCCCCACUCCUUGCCCACGCAUGUUAUCAAGGACAGGGGAAUCGUGGUCUAGCGCUGUCAUGGAGAACAGUGGGCUGUGCCAAGUCUUUUCCCCAGUCUCAAGGUGAAGGAUUUGGGUUCAGUCUGACCAACUAGGUCCCUAUACUUCUAAGAAAAAGCAGCAGUGUAGAGACCUGAAUUCUCCAUUCUUCCAGUUCACCCUUCUGACCUCUCUCUGCUCAACCUGCAGUGGAGCUAAGGGAUAGAAGAAGCAUUGCCUUGGGGUGUGAGAAGGACAGUUGUGGGAGUCUCUUUGUUACACCCCCUCCCCACUAAAGCCUGUCUGUGUA